UUGCUUCGUGGGGCAGAAAGGGAUGAGCCGGGGCUCUCGAUCCCCACUUUCCGGAGCUUCAUUGCUUCACUCUUCUCUCUCCUUUCAGUGGGUUUCUUCACGUCUCCAAAUACACCCCCCCCCCCCCCCCCGCCCUCUCUCUCUCCGCAGUCGUCUCUCGCUCCACAUACCUUUCCUCCUCCUCUCUCUCUCUACAUCGGUCAAUAUAUAUCUGCAUGCGUACUCGCAGGAUACUUUGUGCGAAUGCGUAGAUUUUCGAAUCUGUUCCAGGUCAAAAGCCUAUUUUUGGUUAUGUGAGGCAGAAUUCUUCAUCAGUGGAAUACAUCAGUUGCCAUGUGCUUUUCAAUCUUGCCAGUCCCCAGAUGCCGAAUCCACGUUUUAGCUAGUUCAUGGUUCGAAAGUUUCCACUCUUCAAGCAGGGCUAGUGGAAGCAGUCCACAAUUUAGGGUUCUCGGGUCCAGUACCCAUGAGCUUGAAGGCGGAUACAGUAGGAGAUCGACAGGAAAAACUAUAACUACUAAGACAGUGGGAGUAAACAAAGACACCUUGAAUAGCAAAACAAGCAAUCUCAGACAAGAAAUAUCUGAUGGAUCAAUCAAAUCAAGUACCAAUAUAGGUAUCAAGAAAUCAAAAGUUAGUGAAUUCCAAAGCAUUCAGUACCCUGAUACUCAACGAAAUAUUGGUGUAUCACAAGAUUCGGUUGGCCUUACAACUCUCAUUGUGUUUGAUAUUGAAACCACUGGGUUUAGCAGAGAGAAUGAAAGGAUCAUUGAGAUUGCAAUGCAGGAUCUACUGGGUGGUAAAAACAGCACUUUCCAAACAUUAGUAAAUCCUGAACGCUAUGUGCCAAAUCAUCAUGUCCAUGGUAUUUCAACCUAUAUGGUGAGCAAACCCAAUAUUCCAAGGAUGAAGGAGCUUAUUCCAAUCUUGCUGCAGUACAUCAAAAGCCGCCAGAAACCUGGGGGACAUGUAAUAUUGGUUGCUCACAAUGCUCGCACUUUUGAUGUACCCUUUUUGGUUAAUGAAUUUAGUCGAUGUUCCUUUGAGAUUCCUCCAGAUUGGCUUUUUGUGGACACACUUCCUCUUGCACGUGAAGCCAUGAAGUCAGGAGGAUCAAAGGUUUCUUCAAAAGUAUCACUUCAAGCCCUUCGUGAGUAUUAUGAAGUUCCGCUCAUUGGAUCGGCUCAUAGAGCCAUGUCAGACGUGAACACGCUAUCAUUGAUUCUUCAGAGGUUGACUUUUGAUCUCAAAUUGCCGGUUUCUGGCCUUGUUGAAAGAUCUUUCACUGCAUCGGAUUUGAGUAGUGCGAAGAAGAAAAAGAGUUCAGGCUAGUUUCAGAGCAUGUUAUUGCUCGUGUAAUUGUUGAUCGUUGCAAUAUGUAACUCAUUCUAAUCAAUGAAAUCCAUGCCAAUUAUUCAUUCAGUAACCAGAUCUUAAGGAUAGAAGUACCCAAUAAAGCAUGAGUUUUGCAA